AGCGAAGCAAAGAGCAUUUGGCCGGACGAAUUUUGGGGCAAAAGAGGACCAGAGAGUAGAAUACAGAUAGAUAUGGCAGCAGCAGCAACGACUCCGUCUCCGAUGAUCCUGUGGAACGAGAGCAAGCGCAGAUUUGAGACGGAAGACAAAGAAGCCUACAUAGAGUACGUGCUUAGAGACGGUGGCAAUGUAAUGGACAUUGUCCACACCUAUGUCCCCUCCUCAAAGAGGGGAUUGGGUUUGGCUUCUCUGCUCUGCGUUGCAGCCUUCAAUCACGCCAAGCACCACUCUCUGUCUGUCAUCCCCACUUGCUCUUAUGUCUCUGACACAUUUCUUCCGCGUAACCCUUCUUGGCAUCCUCUCGUGUACUCGGGGAGAUCUCAAAUUUAGCUUCUGAGCAACCUCGGCUCGUAGAACAUGCAUACAUCUAAAUAAUUGUCAUGCUUAAACUCUGGUUAUGCUGAUAUUAUCAGCUUGUGUGCUUUGUGCUUUAUCUGUGGAUUGCAACAUUCAGUUGAUUAUCUAAUGCCUACUUAUAUUGAGAAUGAAAGAGGUGUUUGCUGGUA